AUGAUUGAAGCUUGGUAUCGUUGGGUCUUUUAUAGCCAUAUUUCUCCGUAUCUAACUUGUUGGGAUCAUAAAAAGGCUGCUAACUUUUCUAUCAAUUCUCAACCAAUAUCUGCGGUUGGAGUUGUAUACCACGAUUCAAACGGAAAAUAUCACGAAGUUCAUGUAAGAACGGAUGGAGAGGUAAUUUUGAGUGCCGGAGCCAUUGGAAGUCCACAACUUUUGCUGCUAAGUGGACUCGGGCCAACUUCGUACCUUUCAUCCUUGAAUAUUCCUGUUGUUCGGGAGCAUCCUUUCAUCGGGCAGUUCAUGGCUGAUAAUCCACGAACUGGGGUAAAUAUCUUGCUUCGAGAUUCAAUAACAGAUUUAGGCCUCCGUGUGGUUGGGAUUACUGAAAGUGGACCAUACAUUGAGUCGUUUUCAGUCCCCCCAAACACACCUCUCACGAGUAUCAUACCUUUUGUGGGUUCAGUGGCACUUUUUAACUCAAGUGUGCAGAUAAUUGGUGGAAAGAUUACUAGGCCUAAAUCAAAAGGUUCAUUACAUCUCUUAUCUGCUUCCAAUGUAACGGUUAGCCCAAGCGUCCGCUUUAAUUACUACAAUCACACCGAAGACAUAAAUCAAUGCUGGAACGCUGUGGAAGUUAUUAGAAAACUGUUGGCUACUCCAACCAUGGAAGAGUACAAGUUCGGUGGACAAGAUUUCAAAUUUAUUGGGUUGCCGUUACCUGAGGAGUCAUCUGACUAUGAGACCACUGCGAGUUUCUGUCGUGACACUUUGUCCACAUAUUGGCAUAUGCAUGGUGGAUGCUUGCCUAACAAGGUGGUUGAUAGCCAUCUGAAAGUCAUCGGGGUUGAUUCUUUACGAGUCGUCGAUGCUUCAACAUUUUUUAACUCACCGGGAACAAAUCCUCAGGCAACCAUUAUGAUGUUGGGCCGGUAUAUUGGUGUGAAAAUGCUUGAAGAGAGAGCAGCAAUCCGUUCUUAGAAUACAUCUAAUGUAUUGUAUCUCAUGUGUCAUUUAUGUCUUACUUCCGCCUUUUAAUAAUAUCACGUUAACUAAUAAGAUUAGUUUAAA